AUGUUGACGGAUUCUGAGGAAUUGCUGAAAUCAGCCGGGGUUGUAAGGGAGAUGCUUAAAAUUUGCCAGAGGCUACUGUUGCAGCCAAACCAGAGUGGUGAUACUGCCUUACACUUGGCGGCAAGACACGGACGUGCUGAGAUAGUUGAAGUUCUUAUUCAGGCUGCGAAAGACUGGCACGGCGACCUCGAAGAAGGUACCUCAUCAACAGAAGGAUGCCACCGGUUUCUCAUAAGAAGAACUAACAAGGAGAAAAACACAGCCUUGCAUGAGGCAGUGCGGUUCAAUCACUUUGAUGUGGUUAAGAAAUUGACUGAGGAAGACCCUGAGUUUUUGUACUCUGCUAAUGAUGCUGGCGAAACUCCACUCUACAUUGCUGCCGAAAAUCGAUACCGCAAAUCGGUUUUUGAAAUCCUCGACACUUGCACGAAUCCAUCCUACCAAGGACCCGAUGGUUUAACCGCUUUACACAUUGCAGCUUCCUACGGUGACGAACAAAUAACGGGAAGACUACUAGAGAAGGAAAAGACGCUGGCAGUAAGAGUAAACGAAAAAGGAUAUACUCCACUUCAUUUUGCUGCAUUCUUUGGUUACGUUUCAAUUGUGAUACAAAUACUGGAAUGUGAUAAUUCCACUGCCUACAUUGGCAACAUUAACAAGUUGGUACCCGUUCAUCAUGCGGCUAUGACAGGGCGUGUAGAUGUAAUGGAACAGCUUCUGCUCUACUGCCCUGACAGUUUUGAAUUGGUGGACCGUUAUGGUUGGAAUGCCCUACAUUUUGCAAUUUCCAGUAAUAAACCAAAUGUAGAAGAGUUUGUUCGAAAAGAUCCAUGGCUUAGUAGCGUCCUUCUAAAUAGCAAAGACCUUAGAGGGAACACGCCUCUGCAUCAAAUUGCUGAGUCUGAAAAAUACAACGGCUUGAAGUUUAUCCGUGAUUCUAGAGUCAACAAGAUGCUGAUUCUAAGUGGAAGAGCAAUCUCUGGCAAAGGUUUGAUAGAUUCUGGUGUAAGAGUAGGUCAACGAAUGGCGAAAAAAGAGGGUAGUGGCAGUGACGUCGAUAAAAAGGACGGUAGCGGUGAAGUCCAUGCAAAGAGAGGUGACCGAAAGUCGGAAGACUCUAAAGACAAGGAAAUAAAAGAAUCUCAUAUGGUAGUGUCUGCACUCAUAGCAACAGUAACCUUCGCAGCUGGUUUCACUGUGCCUGGUGGUUACCAAAGUGAAAAAGGGCCGGAUCAAGGUUUAGCAGUUCUAUCAAGAAACGCAGCUUUCAAGGCAUUUGUGAUAGCAAAUACAUUAGCAAUGAGUAUGUCCAGUUGUGCUGUCAUGAUACGCUUUUUUUUGUUGGUGAGAAGGCGAGAAUUUGCCCUCGGAACCGUACCACGUGGGGCGGCGAUAGAUCUCACAAUGUACGCCUUGAUUGCAAUGGUGGUUGCAUUCCUAACCGGCACAUACGCAGUAUUAGGCAGUCAUUCUUCAUUGGGACUUGCGAUUGCGGUUACCGUUCUUGGGUGCUUUUUCUUCUUUGGCUACGGUGCGUUCUUGUUUCUUCCGGCUUUUGCUACUUUGCGGGGUUGUGCGGCUACAAUCUGCGAACGUAUCCAUGAACUCUUCUAUCAACUCCUUCAUGGCAACUUUGAGAAAUUGGUACCUAAAUGCAAGUUUUGA